AUGAACGAACCGCAAUGUGGGGGCUUGACGCACGACGAGCUCAUGGACGCCUCGGUGGAUUACCUGUCCUCGUCCAGUCUCUUCUUCAAUCGCUUCGGCGGCGCCGACCACGUUCUCAUGUGCGCGUGGUGGGGCUGCAGGAACGGACUGGGGCCGAAACACCGGAUGCUGCUACGCCGCACGGUCGUUGGCAUCAACGAGAGGGUAUUUUUGUGGACCAGAUGGGGCUGCGGGCCGCGAAAGAUGGUCACCGUGCCUUACACAGCGAGCAGCGUCCUCGCUACAAGCGACAUGAUCGGGGGGCGCACGGCUGAAGCCCGCGACAUUCCGUUCUUUUUUGUCGGGACGGCCCGGGGCCGCCCGGAGCGCGAAAACCUCGACGUGGUGGCGGACAUUGCAAAGGGCAGCGUCGUGAUACUUGAUAACCUUCCAUCGCGAUGGGGCAUGAACUCGACGCAAUACGCCGAACACAUGGCCCGCAGCAGGUUCUGCUUCUCUCCACGUGGAGACACGGAAUCGAGCCGCCGCCUGUUCGACGCCAUCGCGGCGGGGUGCACGCCGAUCGUUACCGAGGCUACGGUGCCCAUGCUUCCAUUUUCCCAGUCGGCUGCAGAGCUGGAGAAAUUGCAAGAAGGUGGGCGAAGGGUUGCGAACAAACUCCUGUACGGCAUUACCGAGGGUCCGGAGCUCAGCGACAUACAUCCGUUCUUUGGCACCGCCACCAACUUCGUCCGAGAGAGAGCAGAAGUAGCGAGAUUUCUCCCAUCCACCGGCGGUCCAUCUGAUGCCGCCAAAAAAGGAGUCAUGAACAACCUCUUCCCUCACCGAGGGCGAGGUUAUUUCUCGGUUGGAGGACGUUCAAUCCUAGAGAUAGCGCCCGCAGCGCGGACCGGCAUCCUAAUCGGCCGGGAGUGGCUGACUGAGUCCGAGACGAUCGUCGUCAUGGAGCGAUCCCUUCUAUUCUGCGCUGCCCCAAACACCGGCUCGUUACAGUUCAGGAUGCUCGCCAAACGCAUGCAGGGUAUCCCGCACUGGGGGGUGUCCAACAACCGGUCGCUGCUGUUCGAUCGAGAGGCCUCGGAAUUGACACUUGUCGACACGACUGACGGGCAGUCGAUGAAGGAGAUUUACUCCGACAACGGGUCCGGCUGGAUCAAGAUCGCGGUCGUGCGCGACCCGGUGACCCGACUGCUGUCGUCUUACCUUGAUCUUGUUGACAAGUGGCGAGCAGGCCUGAUAUUGCACCAACAACCGCCACACAAUGACGCGCAGGUGCGGCGGCAACGGCAGCUAGGGCUUUCCCUAGAGCAAAGCGACGGAAGAGAGGACAAAGCCUACGAAUUUUCCCACAAUAGCGGACAAAGCGGAAACCGUGAUGGCGGCGAUGCGGUUCGCGUUCCGACUUUGGUGGAGGUGUUGGAAGCCGUUAGGACCGACGUUUGGAGCGCCCCCGUGGCGUUCCGGCCGGUGUCCAGCCUGUGUGGCCAGCGCAGCUCCCCUUUCGACAGCGUCAUUCCGUUCGAGAGGCUGCAGACCUCCUACGCCUAUGCCGUGAUGAUGAUGCAGAAAACCUCUACCGAGGUAGUCAAGUCUCUCCCAGGAGACGUCUGGGAGGCGUUCGGGAAGUCGGGGUGGGGACCCGACGGGAAACAUGCCUUCAUGGACUUCGAUUAUGGCCGGGGCGCAUGGAGGGGAGAGGUAACCAACGGAGGUGGAGGCGAAGCAGUCGGUGGUGGAGCACAAACAGCGGAAGGGAAUAACAUGAGGGACACCUUGCCGCGACACGCGCGCGACCUCUUCGAGGGGAAGAACCCGUGCGCGUGGACGGAGUACUAUUCCGACUUGGGAAUCCUUGACGCAGUUGGCGUGGUAUACGAAAUGGACUAUACUCAUUACCGCUGGUACCGGCUCGACGUGUGGAAGGAAAAAUUUAAGGAUUGUUUGGGUCAUUAA